GACCUCCGCACAGUCCCUCCGCAUGUUCGAAACCGGCUAGGUUUCCUCCCCUCGUUGGAUUACGUCAAUUCUUGUGCAUUAUGGUGCUAGCGGACCCAAUAGCCGACCCCACCCACCGCGAGUCCCUCCUGAACGGCAACCCCGAGUCCAUAGUGAUCUCCAACUUCUCGGACAACGAGACAGUGACGUACUCCCUGGUCCUCCUCCGCGGCAAGGCCCCGCUGCUCUGCUCCUACAUAAACAUCAGAAGCCGCAAGAAUACAGUGGCAGAAUGGCCGAUCGUGGCGGGUGAGUUCCGCAUCCUAGUGGACCUCUCCCGGGGUGAAAACAAACUGGAGCUCGAGGCCGGCGGCAUAAAGCGCCGGCUCACCCUCAUCCACGAGCCGCGAACGACACGAUUGCGCGUCACCCCGGUGUACGUCAUCUGCGCCGGCCACGACGGCUACUUCCAGGGGCCCAAGACCGAGGACAGAUCGCCGGAGAGUGCGGCCACGCGAAUCGGUCUGGGCGCGAGACUCCUGCAGUGCCUGACAGCCGAGAAGAUGAGGGAGGCGGGACACGGCAGGAAGACCUUUCAACUCGAGAGGGACUUGGACGGCCCCGAGUGCCUGGUCAUGCACAGCAUGCUGCACGUGGACAAAGCGAGGGCGAUGAACCAGAGGGAGCUCUGGGAGUUCGUCGGGCGGGAGCUGAUGACGGGCCCGCUGGCGUCGAGGGACAGGAAGUACCUCUCGUUCCUCUCCUGCACGAGGUACAGGGGGUACUCGUCGGGAUCCCCGAGGAUACCCACUCACGAGUCAACGCUGGCCAGGACUCAGGGGCAUGCCGCACUGGGGGGAGGCGGGCUCGCCUUGUUCGGGUCGGCCUGCCUCCACACGUGGCCCACGUGUCUCCCACAGGUUCUCAAGAAGUUCCUGGAUACGACGAUCGUCGACACAGAUCAGCUGAUGGACGACAGCAACUACAGGGGAACACACGGGGGGUGCCUGGCCACGACUCUAGGCUCUGUUCUCCACGAGCUUGGGCACACCUUCGACCUGGGGCACACCAGGGAGGGCAUCAUGGGGCGGGGGUUCGACUACGUUGAUAGGGUCUUCGUGGGUGGAACUGGGGUGGACUCCAACAAGAACUCAGUGAGGAGGGACCCUCAGCACACGACGAUUGCCAUCAGCCGGCCUCUGAGUGUCACUGUCACCGUUCAGGAGCAGAUCAGCAGCCCCAGGAGGGGGCGACUGCUCUCUGAGACCUCCAGACCUUCGCAGUCUAGUCCGCAUUUGGCGCAGGAGCCUGGGAGACACAGUGGGAGGCUCUCGGCUCCGGCCAGUCCCGAGUUGAAUCGAUCGUUCUCGAGGUCUCUGGCUCAUCAUCAGACUCCUCUGCCCGAUAGAACUUUCUGGGGGGCUUCGUGCGCUGGCAUUCUCGCUUAUCAUCGGUGGUUCAAUCCCUCGGUCGACAACUCUUACAGCAGGGAUAUUCAUGAUAAUCGGGAUAUUGGGUAUGAUGCCAAGAGAAAUGUCGUGAGAUCGCGAUUUGGCGUUCGAGUGAUGGAGCUGCGUGAGUCAUCAGGAGGAAUGGUAGUGAAUUCUCGACAAUUCCCCGGGUCUCGUCCACCCCUCGAGGCCCUGGUGCCCCUCCCACCCCCACACUGUCUCUCUCCCCUAACAGUAUUCGCUGAGGACUCCGUUGGCAACAUUCUAAAGCAUCCACUUCCAACUGCCUUCUGAAAAUCAAAAGUACUCGAGUUACAAUCGACUUAUUAACCCUCGCAGUUUUCAAUUAAUUUACGAGAGAGAGACCGAGGUCUACUUGGAACUUACGCUGUGCGUUAUUUCCAUACGAUAUUUUUUUAAAGAGUUAACGAUUUUACGUUUGCUUCUGGCUUAUGCUUGGGAAUUCACAAGUUAUCGAGAUUCGUAUGCAAUGUAUGGAGCGAAUUCGAGGGGCAUAAUUAAUCAAUCAAAAUUGGUAUUUAAGGGAAGAGCAAUUGUACUGAUUGGGGGAUGUAUUUUUUUGAAAAAACGCCACGAAGUGGUUUUUCAAGUCUUGUUGAGUGGGAAAUCAUUCGAGAUGUCAUAAUUCAGGGGAAACUACUAUAAUUUUUUGAAAUCGUGGAUCUUUCAAUUGAAGUUUUUCAUAUCAUCUAUUUUUAUUUGUCAUAAACAAAUUACUUCUUCGAUUUUUUACGAAAGGGAUUAAAAAAGAAUUUCAAACUCCCCUUCAAAUUGUUUUUAGAGACAAAUGGAUUUGUUCGCGAAGAAAAGAAAUUCUUAAAGGAAAAAUUUGAUAUCUCAUGAUUUUGUUAAAUGAUCCUACAAUAAUCAAUGAUUUUUUCAAAAUAACAUUCACUUUUUUCCCGCCUGAAAUGCAUUUUAUCACAGGAAAAAGCUCAAUUCAGUCUCUCCCCUCAACAAGAUUCGAAAGAUCGACUCGUUCCACGAAGUUUUGCCACUUCACCGCUGAAUUAACUCGAAGGGAAUCUAUAAUCGAUAUGAAAAAAAUCAUGAGGCCUAUUAAUUUUCUAGUACAAACACUUCUAGAAGAACUGAUCGAUUGAAGUGACGCAUUUAGAUUGAAACGACCAAAUGGAAACGACUUCUGGUGGCUCCAACUGAGGUUUUGCAUGAAUUUUUCUUUCGUCUGAAAGUUCAAUGAAAGUUUAAUGAAAAAUAUUACACGCGUAUUUUUUUUUUUUCAAAAUGAAACAAUGCGUGCAAUUUUCGUAUUUCAUCAUUCCAUUCAAUGGAAAAAUUCAUGCAGAAACCCAAUUGCAACAGUGAAACGUGAUAUGACUUCUGCUAGUCCAUAAAAUUGUACAUUACUGAUCACAUGUACAGUAUUAUUUCAUAAAAUUAUUUUAAUAACAUGAUAACACGACAGAAUAGUGAUAGUUGUAUGAAUGACAAUACAGUAUUCUAAUAACGAAUAAUUACACGUACGAAAAAAAAUUGUUAAAAAGCUUAGCAUAAUCGUUAGAAAAUUCUAUUGGAUUUCUAUUGAACUUUCUUCAUCUUUGGUCAAUUUUAUUAUAAAAUUGAUUAUAAAAAUGCACCUAUCGGUGCAUUUGUACAAACAGAAAUUUUCAGUAGAAAAUAUUCUGUAAAAAAAGUCCAUAGAAAUUAAUUUUUCUGCAUAAAUUAU